AUGCGCUCAGCGGCCAUUCUAGUCCUAGGUGACAUAGGGCGCAGUCCCAGGAUGAUGUACCACGCCCAAAGCUUUGCAGAGAAUGACUUCACAACUGACAUUAUUGGAUAUGGCGGAUCCAAGCCAAUUCCAUCUCUAGAACGCUUGCCAAAAGUCCGAAUCCGACACAUUCCCGAACUGCCCAAAAUACUGCACAGGCUACCAUUCCUCCUAUUGGCCCCACUUAAAGUUAUGCAUCAAGUUAUUAACAUACUCCUCUGCCUUUUGGUAUGGAUUGAGAUACCCCCCGAAUUUAUCGUCGUACAAAACCCCCCCAGUAUACCCACGCUGGCACUUGUUCAGUUAGUCGGAAGAAUGCGCGGUAGCAAAAUUAUCAUCGACUGGCAUAACCUCGGUUACACCAUCCUUGCGAUGCGUCUCGGAAGCACCCAUAAACUUGUCAAAAUUGCCAAAUGGUUUGAAGCAACCUUCGGAUAUUCUGCGUAUGCACAUUUAUUUGUUACUCGUGCCAUGCGAGAUCAUUUGGUCGAAGAGUGGGAUUUGCAAGGACACAAAAUUGUAUUGUACGACCGCCCACCACAAAGCUUCCAUCGCUCUUCUGUUCAGGAAACCCACGAGUUGUUCCAAAAACUCCACCCAGCUUUGUCUUUGAACAAUGAUUUACAAAAUUUUCUGCCUGACGCUUCUCCUCCCUAUUCGACGUAUAUGACCCAAACAAGUACUCGGCUUACUUCUCCAACAGGGUUUCCUAUCACUCAGACUGUCACAACAUACACAAAUGUAGAAAUGCCUAAACUGAGGCCAGACAGACCCGCCAUUGUCGUAUCAAGUACCUCAUGGACUCCUGACGAAGACUUCGGUAUAUUGCUAGACGCUCUGAAAAUUUACAACGCUCGCGCAGAAGAAAUUUUUAAAGCCAAAACGACCAAGCCAAAAUUACAGCUACCAAAGCUCUUAGUGAUCUUGACAGGAAAAGGACCUCUGAGGGAUAAAUAUAUGAAGGAGGUGGGAGUGUUGCAGAAAUCAUGGAAGUGGGUACGAUGCAUAAGUAUAUGGCUCGAGGCAAAAGACUACCCGAUCUUGUUAGGAGCCGCUGACCUGGGCGUUUGUCUGCAUUCCAGUUCUUCGGCGCUUGAUUUGCCUAUGAAAGUCGUUGAUAUGUUUGGAUGUGGGCUCCCAGUGUGUGCACUCGAUUUUGCAUGCUUGAACGAACUUGUCAAAAAUGGCAAAAAUGGUCUCAUUUUCAAAACUUCUUUGGAACUAGCGUCCCAAUUUGAGCGUCUGUUUACUUCGUUUCCCAACGCUCCUCAACUGGCGCUUUUGGCAUCAUCCCUAGCAAAUUUAUCUGGGUCGCCGUCAACCCCGACAAAUCCCCACAUCCCCAAACCUCAUUCCAAGCUAGACCAUGAUGCUGAUAGCUGGCACUGGAGUACAUGGGAAGAGAAUUGGGGACGGAAAAUGAGACCUCUGAUUCUCAGCGAUGUCAACCUGUAA